CGAUUGGUUGGCCACGUAGCCAGUGCCAAAACAGUUCAUCCGAAAUUAGCGAGAAGGCUAGUUUUUUCCCACCUCGAAGCUAGUUCUCAAACUCCUGCUACUACCUAAACAAAGAAGCAAAAUGUGUCUUUUACCAUUUUUGAAAAAUACUUUAUAAACAUGGAAGGGUAUUGGUGAUGUCAGUGGACAGCGCCAUCACAGGAGGAUAGUUAGCGUUUCCCCUUCUGUCCUGGUGUCCACGAUUGCCCCAGCCGCCAUGGCCGACUCCACAGUAGUCAGCGACCAGCAGCGGUCUGGGACGGUGCAAACCGAUCCUUCCAGAGGACCAUACAUUGCAGUGAUCACCAACAGAAGCACCACCCUGGUGAUCCGUGGGUUCAUGCUGUUCUCUAUAGGAGUUUUCCUGGCUCUGGUGCUCAACCUGCUGCAGGUACAGAGGAACGUCACUCUGUUCCCGCCUGAUGUCAUUAGUAGCAUCUUCUCAUCAGCCUGGUGGGUGCCGCCCUGCUGUGGGACCGCCUCAGCAAUAAUCGGUCUGUUGUAUCCAUGCAUUGACUGCCGGCUCGGCGAGCCCCACAAGUUCAAGCGGGAGUGGUCCAGUGUGAUGCGCUGUGUGGCCGUGUUCGUGGGCAUCAACCAUGCCAGUGCUAAAGUGGACUUUGCGAACAACGUGCAGCUGUCCCUGACGCUGGCGGCCCUGUCCAUCGGCCUGUGGUGGACAUUUGACCGGUCUCGCUCUGGCUUUGGCCUGGGGGUGGUCAUCGCCCUGCUGGCCACACUAUCCACUCAGCUCCUGGUCUACAACGGAGUCUUUCAGUAUACCUCUCCAGAUUUUCUGUACAUUCGCUCCUGGUUACCUUGCAUCUUCUUCGCUGGUGUGAUAACCAUGGGAAAAGGACGACAGCUAGCCCUGUACGAAUGCAAACUUAUGUCAGAAAAGACUCAUCAAGACUGAGAGAAAUUCUGGCUAUAUCAAACUUUUGCACAAACGUACAUUUUCGUAGCAACAAAAAGCCAAAAGGGGAUGGUAUAGGACAUCUGUAUGCAGCGUUGAUGGAGAUUGGUCAACGUUGGAGGAGGCGGAGCAGUCAUCC